AUGGAGACCUCACAUUCAGGUCACUGGCCAUGUCCAGCUUCCAUCUUCGAUUUCAUGGUCUCAAUCUGCUUGACCAUCCUACAUUCUGUCAACCGCGCGGCGCGUAUCAUCCGGCCAUUUUUCUGGGCUGCCCUGGAGUGGACCGAGAAUGUGCUCGUGACUGCAGGAAACGCUCUACUUGCCGCUACUCUGGUUCUUCUCUUAUGGUUUUCCAUCAUCUAUCUAUGCUGCUUCACGAUCUACAUGUUCUGCAGACUGCUACGUCGACACCACAAGUACCGACAACAUCGUACUGAACGUCAACCACUACUUGCUAGGCCCCCGAGGCGGAGGCGUCUACCAUCCUGGACACUGUCAAGUUCAAGCAGUGAGAGACGGCGAUUUCUUCACGAUCAUACAGCAUACAGAGAUCUCUUUCGAGCUGAUCUGGACCGGAGACGUCAGGAUGCCCUCAGGCGAGAACAACACAGAGCGGUCGAAACUCGUAGUCGAGAGUACCGCGAGCGUAGACUCAGGGAGGCACUUCGACAAUCCUCAAGCACGCCUUUGUACGGCCAACCACAGACCAUCAUCAAUUGGUUGCAGGCUUCUAGCACCCCAACAAUCACCCAUCAACCUAGUUACGGCACUCUCCCCAUGAGAGGUGCACAGCCGCGACCUGAACGACGCGCUGAUCCACCGCCGCCAUAUCCGCAGAACUUCAAAGAAUCACCACCACCAUAUUCGAGUCCUCGAACAGAUCUGCCGCCCUCUUAUGAUUGA